UCUUCUUCUUCGUUUGGCCCCUUCGCGCACGCACACGCACUCAAAAACACACGCAAACACCCACAAGCGCACACACACGCACACACGCACAGAGAAGCACGCGCGGGCCUAUUUCGACCGCUCUCUCGUGGCUCCCUUCCAGUAUCCAGGCCUGGUUUCGUUCAUUACCAAAAAGAGAGUCUUCAGAAAUCAACACCACUAGUCUCUGCGGGUUGAAGCAACUUUUUUUUUUUUUCAAAAAAGAAGAAAAACGACAGAAGUGAAGGAUCGUCUCGGGACCAUGCAAAAGAUGCCAUCUGGGAUUCGCAAAACAAUUCUGGUGGAUCUCUGACAUAACCCGUUCUCGACUCGACUCUGGCGAAGGAGAAACAGCCGUCGAAUCACAAGUUUGCACCUGAAGACUUUUCUCCCGCGUUUUUUUUGCAGCGAUAUCAUUGUUAUCUUCAAUGCGUGAUUAAGGAACAACGAAGCAGGCCCCCCGCGCCCAGUCUCCACCUUCUUUGAUAGGUCCAUGGUCUCCAGUGCGUCUGUGUGUUAAUGUGUGUGUGUGUAAGUGAAAGUGACCGUGCCCUCGGGGGAAUAUGUGUGUGAUUGCAGAGAACGGCUUGCUCUCUCUUUUCUGACCCUGCACGCAUCCAGAUGUUACGUGUUUCGCAGGCGCGCUGCAUGUCAGACUGAAAAGUAUUCGAGAAACUCCUUGGAAGUGAUUGUCUUUUUUUUUUUUUAAUUUAUACUUAGGUCCGUUAGUCCUUGAUGAAUAGGCCCCAACAGAAGCCAAAAAACGUCUGAACCUGACAAAAUGCCAAGGAUGUCCUGGAGUAUUGCUGAUUUACUUAACUUGUAAUCUACGGGGAUUCUGUCCAGUUAUUAGGUUCAAAUAAUGGAGACUGGCAAAUUGAGGACUCUUCUGUUCCUGGAGAUAAAUGUGUUCAUACUUUCGACUUUUCCGCUUUGUUUGCAAGGCCAGAGCACCGAGCAUGUGAUCGAUCUACUCGCUGCGUUGAACAUGUCCCAGCCCAUAAAAGGCAUAUCCAAGAUCCACGACGAAGAUCCUUCUGGGUCUACCGCGGCCUACAAGCUCCGCCCCAAAGCCCCCCACCUGACCCUGCCGCCCGAGUACUCCCGCCUCCUGGCCUCGGCCGGGCCCGGCUCCCUGGGGGUGCACCUGGUGGCGCGCCAGGCCCACGACACCAGCGCCACCCUGCUGUCCUUCUCCUCCCGCUCCUCCACGCUGCUGCAGCUGGUCUCCUCCACCCGGAACAGCAGCCUGCGCUUGGACCGCAGCCUGGAGGGGCCCGGUGCCGCGGGGCUGCUCAGCCUGUUCCUCCCAGGAGGGAGCCCCUUCUCUGGGGCCCGCUGGGCGCGCCUCGCCCUGGGCCUGGAGCCGGACAGAGUGAGUCUGUUUGUAGACUGUGAGGAGGCGGUCGUCGUCCGACGCCGACGGGAGGAGAGGGUCGACCUGAGGGCGUUUCCCCGGGACCUGAGGGUGACUCUGGGCAGCGCGAUGGGGGACAGCGACAGCAAGUUCAGCGGAUACUUGAAGACAGCUGAGAUCUCCCUAAAAGCAUAUGGAAGGCGUCCCUGGCAUUGUCCCAAUAUAACAGAUGGACCUCCCUCCCCGGCUCAGCCCACGCCUGGCCCCGGUCUGGACCCUCUGGUCGACCAGGGGCCGCAGCGGCUCCAGAAGGACUCGCCCCAGAGAGGGGCGGCCCUGGGGCCUCCGGGGCACCCCCAGGGGGGGAGGCUGGCCUCGCCCCCGCCCCAGGAGGAGAGGCUGAGGGGGCUGGAGCAGAGGCUGGAGCAGAUGGCCGUCCUGCUGGACGCGGUCCAAGCCCAGAACACAGACCUCCAGUCGCGCGUGCACUACCUGGAGGGCUGUGAAUGUGUGAGGCGGCGGAAGUGCACGUGGGAGGGGCGAGAGGUGGAGGAGGGGCAUCGCUGGCAGACCCUCUCGAACACCGCCUGUACCUGCACCUCGGGACAGGUCGCGUGCGAGGCCAUCGUCGUGGGUUGCGAUCAGGACGGGGUUCAGCAGAACGUUUCCACUGCAGAUGGGUGUGUGACCUGCACCUGCAGGGGGGGUCAGAAGGACUGCGCCCCCGUCUCCUGCCCCCGUCUCCUCUGCUCCCAGACGGAGAGCGUACCUGGAGAAUGCUGCCAGCGAUGCAAAGGCUGUGUCCACACAGGGGUCCGAUAUGAGAGUGGAUCAAGGUGGAGACCGGCUCUUAGUCCGUGUGAUGCGUGCAGCUGUGAGGGGGGCCAGGCGCUCUGCGAGCGGGAGAGCUGCGGGACGUCCUGCACCAGCCCGGCCUCGGCUCCGGCUGACGCCUGCUGCCCGGUGUGUGACGGUUGUGGUCUAAAUGGACGGGAUUUCCCCAACGGCGCAUCAGUCCCCUUCGGAGACCGUUGUCAGACGUGUACAUGUGUGGAGGGUAACAUUGCGUGCGCUGCGCUCCCCUGCCCGACCCCCCCCUGUCUGAGCCCGGUGCAUCGCCAUGGAGACUGCUGCCCCUCCUGCGGACAGUGUGACCACGGGACGGAGGUGUAUCAGGACGGACAGGACGUCCCGUCCGGGGCGGAUCCCUGCCUCCGCUGCCGGUGCUCGGCGGGGGAGGUGUCGUGUGAGCGCCUGGAUGCGUCGUGUCCCUCGCUGCCGUGCAGCCACCCGGCCAAACCCAGGGGACAGUGUUGUCCCAGCUGUGACAGGUGUGAGUACGACCGGAGGGUGUUCGCUGACGGUCAGCUGUUCCAGCCGCCGGGCGGCGGGCCGUGUCUGCAGUGCCGCUGUAAGGGUGGCAAUGUGGUCUGUCAUACUGAGAGGUGCCCUCCUACUCAGUGCUCUAACCCCAUCAUGGACCCUCACUACUGCUGCCCCAUCUGUAAAGCCUGCGUGCUGGAGGACCAGGAGUACGAGGAGGGGGCCCGGUGGAGGCCGGAGGGCCCCUGCUCCAGCUGUGCCUGUGUGAACGGAGAGACGGUGUGCACACACACCCAGUGCCCCCCCACCGAGUGCCUGCACCCCGCCAAGAACACCGGCUCGUGUUGUGCGGUGUGUGAGAGCUGUACCUAUAACAACCGUAUCUACGGCAACGGACAGAGGUUCGUGACUCCCGAUCAGCCCUGUCUCGUUUGCACCUGUCAGUACGGCUCGGUGGAGUGUCUGCAGAGAGACUGCCCCGCGCCCAACUGCACCAACCCACACACACCCCCGGGAGAGUGCUGCCCCACGUGCCCAGACUGUUCGUUCGAGAACCGUGUGUUUGUGGACGGGGAGGCCUUCCCCAGCCCGGUGAAUGUGUGUGAGAGGUGUGUGUGCGCGGACGGGAGGGUGGAGUGCCGGUCGAACCAGUGCCCGCGUCCCAACUGCAACGCCCCCGCCCCCGGGACCUGCUGCCAGAACAACUGCAAUGGCUGCCGUUACGCAGGGAAGGAGUAUCCCAACGGACAGGAAUUCCCCCAUCCCACCGACAAAUGCAGGGCCUGCACCUGUAUAAACGGUAACGUCCAGUGUCUAAUGAAGAGGUGCCCGCCGCUGCAGUGCACGGAUCCCAACCUGUUACCUGGAGAGUGCUGCCCCCAGUGUCCUGCGCCCCCUGCUGACUGCGUGUAUGAGCAGCGCAGCUACAGACACACAGAGCGCUUCUACCACCCGACUGACACCUGUCGAUCAUGCCUCUGCACCAAUGGGAUGGUCCAAUGCAAGCGCAAGCCCUGCCCCUCGGCACCUUGCUCUCAUCCAAUCACGCAGGACUGCUGCCCGACCUGUGAAGGCUGCCUGUACGAGAGGCGGGAGCGGGCCGACGGCGAGCGGUGGGCCGACGCCUCCGACGCCUGCUCGGUGUGCACCUGCAGGGGGGGCUCGGCCCGCUGUGAGAAGGACCGCUGCCCCCCCGCCGCCUGCAGCUACCCCGUCCAGAGGAGCUGCUGCACGGCCUGUGAUGGCUGUCUGUAUAAGGGCCAGGAGUACCCAGACGGCUAUGAGUUUGUGGAGGAGAAGGACCCCUGCAGCGUGUGCAGCUGCUACAGCGGGGAGGUCGUCUGCUCGCGGCUGCCGUGCGACGACCUCUGCAGACACCCCCACACCGCCCCCGGCCAGUGCUGCGGGGAGUGCGACCGCUGUUCCUACAACAACCUGGUCCUCAUCAAUGGCCAGACCAUCCCCGACCCUAGCAACCCCUGCUCAGAGUGUACCUGUCAGAGGGGGUCCGUGGUGUGUGUGAAGAGGCAGUGCUCCCCGGCCCGCUGCCCCCAUCCCGUCACCAACCCCUGUGGCUGCCCUGCCUGUGAAGGUUGUCUGUACCAAGGUGUAAGCUACCUGGAUGGACAGCUUGUGUCUGGAGGCACAGGAGGCUGUCAAGACUGCACAUGCUCAAGAGGUGCGGUGGCGUGCGUUCCGCGGCGGUGCCCGGCCGCGGCGUGCGCCCACCCGGCGCUGGACGGCUGCUCCUGCCCGGUGUGCGUCGGCUGCCGGUUCACCGGGAGGGACCGCCACAACGGGGAGCGCUUCCCCCACCCCGCCGACCGCUGCCAGCGCUGCUCCUGCCUGAACGGCGGGGUGCUGUGUGUGGCCGCCCCCUGUCCCGCUGUGUCCUGCGGCCGCCCGGUGACCCCCCCGGGGGGCUGCUGUCCCGUCUGCACGGGGAGCUGCCGCCACGAGGGGGGGGACCACCCGUCGGGCUCCAGCUUCACCCCGUCCCGGGACCCCUGCUCCUCCUGCACCUGCCUGAACGCGGAGGUGUCCUGUCAGAGGAGGCCCUGUCCCCUCCAGUGUUCCCACCCCGUCCCGUCGGAGAGCUGCUGUCCCGCGUGCGACUCCUGCCUCUACCAGGGCGGCGUGCACGCCCACAGGCACACCUUCGGCUCCUCCUCCGACCCCUGCCAGCGCUGCACGUGCGUCCAGGGAACGGUCACGUGCGUGCGCGCGCUCUGCCCGCCGGCCCCCUGCCCCCGACCCGUGACCCUGCCUGGACAGUGCUGCCCCCGGUGCCCAGUGUGUAUGCUGGAUGGACGGGAGUACCAGAACGGACAGCAGUGGACCCCCCAGUCUGACCCCUGCUCCACGUGCACGUGCCAGGAAGGAGAAGUGCGCUGUGUGUCCCAAGAGUGUCCCACGCUGCCCUGCAUGCACCAGGUCCAGGACCCAGGGACCUGCUGUCCACGCUGCAGAGGGUGCAUGUACGACGGACGGGAGCACGCAGAGGCCAGCAGCUGGUUCGCUGACUCCGCCUCCUGUAUGAACUGCAUGUGUGUGGGCGGAGUCACCACCUGCUCCCAGAUCCGCUGCAUCUCGCCGUGCGUCAACACCAUCCGGGUGGCCGGCGAGUGCUGCCCCCUGUGCGCCGACUGUCUGUUCGAGGGCAGAGUCUACAGUCCCAGGGACAGUUUCCAUCCUGCAGACGACCCCUGCCAGAUCUGCACCUGUGAGGUGAUGCCAGAUGGCGAGCAGCACCUGCGCUGCUACCGUAAGCAGUGCCCCAGUCUGGUGGACUGUCCCGUCAACAACAUCCUGUUCUCUGGGCCCGAAUCCUGCUGCCCUGUCUGUGCACAACCGCUCAGUAACUGCACAGCCACCCUGAUCGGUAAUGAAGUCCUGGCUACCGAUGACCCAUGUUUUACCUGUCAAUGCAAGGACCUAACGUGGACGUGUCUCCACCGGAACUGCCCCCCCCUCACCUGCCCCGUCGGUGAGCAGCUCUCCCUGCCCGACUCCUGCUGCCCGGUGUGCGAGGAGUGUGUGAUCGAGGGCCAGGACGCCCGCGUGCCCAGCGGCAGCAGCUGGACCGACAGCGAUGACGACUGCGUCACCUGCACCUGUAACCUCGGACACAUUGAAUGCAGCAUCGAAGAGUGUUUACAUCUGGUGUGUCAGGGAGAACAGAUACCCAUGAAGACGCCCGGGAAGUGUUGUUAUGAAUGCCAAGCCUCGGGGGUGUCGUGCACGUACCAGGGUGCGCUCUACCAGCCCGGGGAGCAGUGGGCGGUGGACGAGUGCACCGGCUGCACGUGCGUGGCCGGAGACGUGCACUGUGGCACCGAGCGCUGCCCCCCCCUCGCCUGCUCUGCAACGGAGAUGCCCGCGGCGGUCCCCGGGGUGUGCUGCCCCCACUGCCUGCCGCGCCCCGCGACCUGCAUCGCCUUCGGGGACCCCCACUACCGCACCUUCGACGGGCGCAUGCUCCACUUCCAGGGCGCGUGCACCUACGUCCUGGCUCAGGACUGUCAGGGCGGCCACUUCAGAAUCCACGCCACCAACGACGACCGCGGGCGUAAAGGAGUCUCCUGGACCAAGGAGGUCACCGUGUUCAUCGGAGACCUCUCGGUGCAGCUUCUCCAGGACUGGGUCGUCAAGGUGAAUGGCCGGGUGGUGGCUCUGCCCUACCUGAGAGAACCUUACGUCUACGUGGAGCGUCAGACCAACACCAUCCUGCUCAACACCAACAUUGGGAUAAAGGUGCUGUGGAGCGGGCGGUCCCACCUGGAGGUCAGUGUCCCGGGCUCCUACAGGAAGCAGACCUGCGGCCUCUGCGGCGACUUCAACGACUUCCCCCAGGACGACCUGCGCAUGCCCGACGGGCGCAUCAGCCUAUCAGAGGCCAGCUUCGGGAACAGCUGGCAGGUGACGAACCACAGCCACGCCCUCACCUCCUGCCGCCCCGGCGAGGAUGUGGACCCCUGCCGGGAGGCGGGCUACCAGGCCCGCAAGGGCGCCAACGGGCGCUGCAAGGUCCUGAAGUCGUCCGUGUUCAAGCCCUGCCACCGGGUGGUGCCCCCGGAGGCCUGGCAUGGCGCCUGCGUGUACGACCUGUGCGCGUGCGGCGCCAACACCGACGAGUGUCUGUGUGACGCGCUGGAGGCGUACGCGGGCCAGUGCCGCGAGGCGGGGGUGGUGCUGGACUGGAGGAGCCCCGCGCUGUGCGCGGUGGGCUGCCCGGUGGAGAGGGGCUUUGUGUUCGACGAGUGCGGCCCCCCGUGCCCGGUGACCUGCCUCAACGCCGACGUGCCCCUGGGGGUCAUCGAGAGCCACUGCUUCAAGCCCUGCGUCCCGGGGUGCCAGUGUCCCGCCGGGCUGGUCCUGCACAGCAGCCACUGCGUCGCCCCGGACAAGUGCCCCAAGAUCAUCCACGGCAACGCCACCCGGCCCCCCGGUGCCCUGUGACCCCGCCGGGCCCCCAGCGGCGCCUUGUACAGUGGACUGAACCAAACCAAACUGCAAGAGAUGCUCACUUAUCUCCGCACUAUAUCCCAUGAUGCACUGCCCAGUUUCACCGCCGUCGUGUUCUUCUCACAGAGAUGGUCCGUGACAGACGGCCUCACGACGGUACGUGGUCAGUGUCUGGAUUCACCGUAUUACCCGCCCUACUUGUACUCUAAUAAGAGAACGAGGGAGCAGUGAGUCCAUUCAAGUAGCCUCCCACUGCACUGGGAGAUACCUCUCCACUUUUCUAUGCUAUAUACAGACACAUUAUCAAUCGCUUUAUAUAUAUAUAUAUAUAUAUAUAUAUAU